AUGGAUCAAGGCGCCAACUCUCAUUCCUCACCGCGUCCUGGCGGUCGACCAGCAAGCAAGCUGGUAGUCAAGGAAGAAGGCAGAAGGCCUCUCUUUUCCACCGGCAAUGUCUCCCAGGCUGAGAGCAUAGUGAAGAAUACCGAGAAGAAGCCGACCCAGCCCAAGGACGGUGCUCGCGCAAGCACCACUCCACGCUCCGCCGCCCGACGCACCAAUUCUGAAUCCCUCAUCUCUCGUGCUGGCAACAGUUUGCCCCCUCCCAGCCCCAGCAGUACACGCAUUCCCCGCCCUGGAAGCGUCGGAGGCUCUGGCGGACUUUCCAACCGCCGGCCUAUUACACUCUCCGAAGCCUUUAGGUUGGCCGAGGAAGAGGAAGUACACACUGGGAAGCCGGGCAAUGAUGACAUGCGAGCACAGCCCAUUGACGGGUCACCGAGUCCAGCACCCAGACCAUGGCGGGCAUCGCGAGAUUUUGACAAUACAAGGCUGAGAUCACUACUCGAGCACGACCAUCUUGACACCAAGGGAGCCAACAGACAAAUAAAAUCAAACGAGCAGGCAAAGAACAAUAAAGCACCUGCUGCCAGACCUUCUAAGGGUCCCAGCUCAGCGAACACCGGGACAAAUGGCGGUGGGAUCUCUCUCCCCGAUCUAGUUCCUGGUAUCGAAGACCUUCCUUUGCCCUCGGUGGAACCUGCCGAAAACGUGCCCGCUCCUGCCUCUCCGGAGAAGAGUUUCGCAUGGCAAGUCGAUGAAGAUUUUACCGCAGGCGAUCUCCAGGUCUCAGACAGUCCCAGACUUAAGACGGACAGGCGACCAUUUGAGAACCGGCUACCCUUUGACGAGAACAGCUUAGUCGACAUCAAUUCCCGGACAAGAGUCAACAACCCAGGGUCCAAGAACACCAGGCUUGACGAGAUCCGAUCUCGAGAAGUAAAGACGGGAAACCACCUUCCCAUAGGCCCACGCUCAUUGAAGUCAACAAACACUAAGAUUGAUGAAAUCAUCGCACGGGAAGCCGAGGUCGAGUCUCAGAUACCAAUCCCGGAUAGGCGCCUUUCUUCGGCAAGCAAAAAUACCAAGCUGGAUGAGAUUCGACAGAGAGAGCUGGAUGGCUUGUCCAAGAGACGGCUGGCAGCUGCCCGUUUAGAGGAGAUUAGGGAGAAGAACUCAAUGUCUCGACAGAAAUCGUCUGAGGAGACGCGGUCACAAUCAGACCAGCAAAGUGAUGGUCCAUCAAGCGUUGACGGGUCCGAGACCAAGCCUGACGCCUCGGAGAAGAGACGAGCCGGGACAAAAGAUAGUCCACCCAAAGAUACCUAUGGUGGUGGGGAGCGAAUUCCUGACACUCCAGUGACUGUAUACAAGUCCCGGCCUGAACGGGCGGGAGAUCAGGUUCAGAACAAAGGAGACCAAGCAAAUCAGCAAAGCGAUACUAAGAAAGCUGCUAAGAGCACGCCUUUAUCUCGACGUCGAGCCGAUUCAAAAGACUUGCUGAGCAGGCUAGCAAGGGCUACAAGUUCCAGUCCACUCCUUAACACGGAAACGAAGAAGGCGCCCUCGCACCGGGCAAGUGAUAAAGUCUCUACGUCGGCAGGGCCCUCUACUACUGGUCGGAGUUCUAGAACCCUCCUAGGUGCUGUUGCUGGGCGAAGGAAAAAGGCCAGCAAUGAUGGGGAGUCCAAGCCCUCGGAGAGACCUACCGUAGAGUUCGCAGGCCUGCGGCGUGUGCGUUCGACUGAAUCGUCUGGAAGUAAGAGAUUCAGUACGCAUUCAGAGACAGAUCCUACAGAUCGCAUUGAGGCAGAGAUGAAACUAUUCGCACCCCAUGAUAAUCACUCUGAGAGAGGGUCGGUACGGGCCCCAUCUCCGGCCUCCUCAGACGGCCACAUCAUUAAGAAAGAAGUGGUCGGGGAUGAAGAGAUGACGCCUAGGAAAAACAACGCCGAUCCCUUGACGAUGCCAACGCCAAGAGUGACGGGUGCAUAUGUUGAGACUCCUGCGACAGUGAAGGUAGAAAAAAUUCAAGAUCCGGUUCCGCCUCAGGAGGUAGCUCUGCCUCAAGCUGAUCGCGAGCAAGCAAAAGAAGCUGGAAGAGUAGGGCGUGCAUUGGGUACCCACACUGCAGGCAUUAGGAGACAAGCCCGUGACACGUCAUCGGACCCUGGGGUCGGUGAGAGUGAAGGAAGAACCAGAGCACGCUCGACGUCUGUGACACAGAAACGGGCACGUUCACUUUCGCGGUCCAGGCCGCCAUUAAAGAACUCUGCCAAACCACCAUCAGUGUACGACGAUAUCAUAGAAUUGCUGCGUACACAAAAACUUGAUGACUCGACCCUUGAUGAGCUGGAAGCUGUCAUCAAUCAGCCACUUGGGAUUCUCGAGCGAAUGAGCUUGGUAGACGAUCUGCCUGCACCCAAAGACUCGCAAGAUGAUGAUUCAUUUGAACUCAAAAUGGAAACCUAUCUCGCGGAUAUGGAAAAGAAAGGGCUUACAGAAGACUUGAAGAACGAGAAGGUAGAUGAGGAGGUAGACGAAGGAGAACUGGCGGCAUAUGAUCGCAUGAGCAGGUCUCUCCAGACAGGGCUUCAAGGCAUCCGCACGGCCAAGAAGGGGAUCGAGCGACUCGAGGACAGUCUCAGGGAUGGCGAACGUUUCUACGCCGAGUCCCAAGCAAAGCUCGCAGCGGUGGAAGAGGCUGAGAAGCACCGCUCCAAACACCAAGAACAGGACCACCGUCAAGAACAGGGUCACCAACAAGAACUCGAUGAGAAACAUGCUGAUUCAUCGAGCGUUGGUUACGUUAAGCUCCCUGUUCCACGCCUGUAUACUCUCAGGCCUCGUUUCCAGCUAACAAUACUGGGUCUCUUCGCCAUGCUGUUGUCACUUUGGUCGGUUGCCGAAACUGGCAUGUGCGCCAAGUACUGUAUUCCCGUCUCCUGCUCAACGACACCCUGUGUCUGGUCCUACGACGAUCCAACGUUUGGCAAGGCUCUGCCGAUCAAACUAGAUCAAUGGGCCACUGGCGGCGUCGGGCGUGUGGCUUUUGGUAAUGCACGUCAGACGGUUGAGGAUUGGUUGGCCGAUGUGACCGACAGCGUUUACGGGCGAGAUAUCAAGGACAUUGACAUCAGCAAGCUAUCUUUUGAAGGGAGGCGCGCCCACCGCCGUCGUCUGAGGAACAAGGGGCUGCUGAAUGAUGAAGCGAGGCAAGUGGAAAAGGCUGCAACGCCGGAGAUACGCGAAAGAUGGGCUUCAUGGAGGCGUGAGCGGAUCAACAGGGAGAAGGCACGAGAGGCCAGGUCCAUGGGCUACGAUCAAGACGAGGAUGAUUCAAUGGGAGGGGAUCAGAGAAUUGGCUAG